CGAUCGAUACAUUAUAGCCACCUUUUGGCUUGGACACUCUCCGUAGCCUGUAGGCGAACUCAACAACACGGAGUACUCGAUCGUCAAGACGUACGUACCGGCGCGGGCGCGCAUGGCUUGGAGCAGCGGCAUGGCCGCCGUGCCCAUCCCCACCACCAUCUUCGUCUUCUUGCUGCUUCUUCCUCUCUGCGUCGUCCGCCAUGCGCGGGCGCAAGAACUUGACAGCGAGGAGGAGUUCAGCUACCGGAGCGGCCGGGACAACAGCCCGGACCGGUGGGGCCUCCUCCGGACGGACUGGGCGGCCUGCUACUGGGGCCGGAUGCAGUCCCCGAUCCGCGUCCCCGGCGACGGUCCGGUCACCGGCCCCCGGAACGGCCGCCUCGCCCGCACCUACCGCUACUCGCCGGCCACCCUGGUGAACCGCGGGCACGACAUCAUGGUGAGGUUCGACGGCAACGCGGGGUCCGUGGUGUUGGACGGCGUCUCGUACAGGCUCCGGCAGAUGCACUGGCACUCCCCCAGCGAGCACGCCCUGGACGGGCGCAGGUACGACCUGGAGCUGCACAUGCUCCACCAGAGCGACAAGGCGAGCAACAAGUACGCCGUCGUCGCGCAGCUCUUCCAGAUCGGGGAGCACCGCGACGAGACCCUGCACAUGCUGGAGCCGUACAUCGAGAGGAUCGCGGACAGGAGGCAGGGGCACGAGGAGGAGAUCGACUACGAGGUGGACCCGAGGAGGCCCGUGAGGGGGAGCGACACGUUCUACAGGUACACGGGCUCCUUCACCACGCCGCCGUGCACCGAGGGCAUCGCCUGGGCGGUCGCCACCAAGGUGCGGCAUGUGUCCCGUCACCAGGUGGAGCUGCUCAGAGACGCCGUCCACGACCAUGCCAGGAGGAACGCUCGGCCGCUCCAGGAGGCCAACGGCAGGGGCAUCGCCCUGUACUACGGCUGGCCUCGUUCCGGUGACGGGAAUUAAGACGGCCGGAAGCGUCUGCACUUAACAUUGUCACUAGUUGAUCUCACUCUAGUUCGUUAGGCUGAAUAUAUAAACCCCGGCCCCUCGCUAGCGGGAGGGAUCUCACUCUAGCUCUGGUUUCGUUCAGCGUCUUGGUUGGAGUUGUCUGCCGGCGGCAAUGUUCCCAGAUAGAAAUAAUGUCUUCCAUGUCCGAUUCCAAUGGUGAAUUUAGCAUCAUCAAAGGUCAUGUGAUGUUUUAUCUCCGUCGAUCUUGUAAGAUUCGAUAGAUGCUGGUCAUUGGUGGGUC